AUGAAUAAAUCAAAAAAAAAAGUUUUGAUCUUUUUUAAAAGCAAAAAUUAGUUCUGCAGAAUGCAAUAACUAAAUUCAUUAAGAAAGUAGAAGAAUAUGAAUAAAUCUUUGCAAUCUUAUAAAUCAAUAAGAGAGACUUAUAAAUAUUACUGAAUCAUAAAUCCAAGUGGUGAUGUGUUCUCUAUAAAUUAAAAUCCCUUUUAAGAAUUUUUGAAUUAAU